AUGGACUCCUCCUUGAUUGAGAUCCAGCGCAGAGCUAUCCUGGACACUAUUCGCUUUACUGGUGGCAGAGACUGGAAAGUCCUUGUGUUGGACGAAGGUAGCAAGAAGCUCAUCGAUAAUGCAGUUAAGGAAGAUGAUAUCUUGAAAGAGAAUGUUACGAAAGCCCGACGUCCCAUGAAUAAGGACCUUGAUGCCGUUUAUAUACUGUCGCCGUUGCCUCAUAUCGUGGACUGUGUUAUGGCAGAUUUCGAGCGCCGGCGGUACAAGAAAUCAUUUUUGAUCUCGACCCUCAGCUGCGCCACAGGAUAG